AUGCCCCAGGAUACAAACUCACUCGAACCGAUGGCACAGGUGUGUUAUCGUUGGUUGCCCUCGGUUGUGGUCCUGCUUCUCUUUCUGGUUCCAACAGCCCUGAGUGGAUGCCCGGGUGCCUGCCGAUGUUCCUUUGCCAUGCUGCAGUGCCUGGAGACGGACGGGAUUACCAGCAUCCCGGUGUUGGCACCACAGGAGAGCGAAAACGUCACAGAGAUCUACAUAGAGAACCAAGCCGACCUGGAGAACAUCACAGACACGGACCUCGCCAACUACAGAGACCUAAAGAACCUGACGGUGACAGAUUGUGGAUUGCUGCAUAUCUCUGAAAAUGCAUUUCAACAUAAUUUCAAGCUGCAGUAUGUGAAUCUGGCGUCUAAUUUACUGCUACACAUCAGCUGGAGAGUGUUUCAUUCUGUUCCUCUCUUGAGUCUAAUUCUGAGAGAUAAUCCGCUCACCUGUUCAUGUGACAUCUACUGGCUUCAGCAAUGGCACAGAACCCGACAAGGCGACGGCGACUCGCAACAAUACUGCAUAAACAAUGGCAACAUCAUUUCACUGGAUUCAUUUGAAAUGGAUAACUGCAGUGUUCCUGAGGUCAAAAUCUACUCGUCUACAUUGACCACUCAAGAAGGUGGAAAUCUGACAUUCACAUGUCAAGUAAGCGGAGUACCCAUGCCCGUUAUCAGGUGGAAAACUGAUCAGCUACAAUCCAACUGGACUCUUCAGCGGGGAAUCUGGGGAUCAACUCUCGAGCUGGUGCUGUAUAUGUGGAACAUCUCUUCUAAAGACAACCUCCAUAACCUCACAUGUGAAGCAGAGAAUCGAGCCGGUCUGGGAGAAGAUAUGGUCGAAUUGGACAUUCAAUUUCCAGUGCAAAUCUUGUAUCUACGAUCUCCAGAAUCUCAGCAUCACUGGUGUAUCCCGUUCGUCUUGGACAGCAAUCCUCUAGCCACUAUCAAAUGGCUGUACAACAACAAGCCCCUUAUUGAGAACCGCUACACUUACACGGAGCUGAUCAGAGAUGCAUCUGACGGCUCCAAACAACACGGCUGUCUCUACCUGAACAAGCCCACCCAUCUGAACAACGGCUACUACACCCUCAUGGUGGAUAACAAACUGGGGCAGGACGAGGCCACGGUAAAUGGGAAGUUCAUGGACAAUCCGUUCGACCCUUUAGACCCAGAGGGCAUCAUUCCUGUCCUCACAGACGAACCAACUCCCACCAACCAAUCCACAGAUGAUGUGACUGAGAUACUGGAGACCAGAGUGUUUGGGGUAUCUGUGGCGGUGGGUCUCGCUAUAUUCGCGUGCGCAUUUCUGCUCAUCACGGUGGUUGUCAUCAAUAAAUGCGGACAGCACUCCAAGUUUGGCAUCCACCGUUCGUCUGUUCUAGGCACCGAGGAUGAUUUGGCCGUGUCUCUGCGCUUUAUGAACUUCGGUGUCAGUCCUCCAUCUUCAGAUGACAGCACGCUGGACUCUGGCUUGUCCAGUUUUGUGGAGAACCCGCAGUACUUCUGUGGAAUCAUUAAAGACAAAGACAUGUGUGUACAGCACAUUAAAAGAAAAGACAUUGUUUUGAAGUGGGAGCUGGGUGAGGGAGCGUUCGGUAAAGUCUACCUGGCCGAAUGUGCCAAUCUCUGCCCGGAUACUGACAAGAUGCUGGUUGCCAUCAAGACCCUAAAGGUGGCCAGUGAGUCGACCCGGCAGGACUUCCAGCGCGAAGCCGAGCUGCUCACCGUGCUACAGCAUGAGCACAUUGUGCGUUUCUAUGGCGUGUGUACAGACGGAGAGCCUCUGGCCAUGGUGUUUGAGUACAUGAGACACGGAGACCUCAAUCGCUUCCUAAGGGCCCACGGUCCGGAUGCUCAUAUCUUGGAUGAAGUGAAGGUUCCUCCAGUUGGUCAGCUGACUCUUACUCAAAUGCUCCACAUCGCUGCUCAGAUUGCUUCAGGAAUGGUGUAUCUAGCGUCUCUGCACUUCGUCCACAGAGACUUGGCCACCAGAAACUGUUUAGUUGGUGAAGGUCUGGUUGUGAAGAUCGGGGACUUCGGGAUGUCAAGAGAUAUUUACAGCACCGACUACUACAGGGUUGGUGGAAGGACUAUGCUUCCCAUUCGCUGGAUGCCACCAGAAAGCAUAAUGUACAGAAAGUUCACCACCGAGAGCGACAUCUGGAGCUUUGGAGUGGUGCUUUGGGAAAUCUUCACCUGUGGAAAACAACCGUGGUAUCAGUUAUCCAACAGUGAGGCGAUCGAAUGCAUCACGCAGGGCCGAGAGCUGGAGCGUCCGCGUACCUGCCCGAAGGAAGUGCAUCUCCUUAUGCAGGGCUGCUGGCAGAGAGAACCCCAGCAGAGGCUUGUCAUCAAGGACAUCUACAACCGCCUUGUAACCCUCGUAAAGAACCCGCCCGUCUAUCUGGACAUCCUGGAAUAACAGCUUGCAGGGACGAGCUGGGAAAGACUCACUUCUGCUGACAGGUUUGGAAGAGGACAAACGUUUUGGAGGAAUCGGAAGAAACUGCGUCUUAUAUCCAUAUGUGCCGAUCGAACAUUUAAAGUGUUUGUUGUGUAUGUCCAAACCACCACUGCUUUUUCUUUCAGCAUUAAAGUGAAAAAUUGUAUCCAUAUGUUCAAAUUUGAUAAAUAAGAUGUAAAUGAAAAAGUGGAUCCUUGUAUAGUGGAAAUUGUUCAUGGAUCUUCAUGUUUCCUGGAGUUUCUAUAUGAGGAUAUUGAUGUCAGGGUCCUUCUGUUAUCAAGUAGAAUUGUAAUAAAGGUGAUGCGUGCAAUUGCACCUUUAACUAAAACACAUGCUGUUUCUUAAAGAAACAGUUCACCCAAAAAAAUCACCAUUUAUUCACCCUCAUGUUAUUUAAAACCUGUCUCACUGGUUUUGUGUCCAUACAAUGGAAGUCAAUGGAAGAAUGUUGUUUGGUCACCAACAUUCUUCAAAAUAUCUUCUCUCGUGUUCUGCAGAAGAAAAACAAGUCAUUCAUGUUUACAUUGACAUGAGGGUGACUAAAUGAAAUAAUUUCCAUUUUGGGGUAAACUAGCCCUUUAAUAAAAUGACCCCCAAAGAAGGUCUUAAGUUUCUAUUGUUUUUAUGUUGUGCCAAGUUGACCGCAUUUCUUUCUUGUUUUUAGAGUUUCAUUAUUACAAAUAUAUCCACCUGUUAUGUGUGGUCUAAACAUGCAUGUACUGUACAGCAUGCGUGUUUAACAUCAACUUAUGGCUCCUGAGCUUUGCUUUCUAACAAAAGCAUCAUUGAGGUCAACAACAUGUGUACCGAAUGGAAUACUACGUUACUGCACAUAUAACCUGCAUACUAUUAAAAUAGUAUAGAAAGGAAAGCAUUGUGCAGUAGGCAAUGUUAAACAAUCCAACAGUACUAUGCAACAAUGUUUUCAGGUUACAUAUUGCAUGUUUCAUUCAGCGAGUGGUAUCUAGCUAUCAUCUCACAAAUAAAACCAGUUACUUUGUAUUUUCAACCCAAUUUUACGUUAAAGUAUCUUCAGAGCAGUGUUGGGAGUAACUAGUUACUAAGUAAUUAGUUACUGUAAUUUAAUUACUUUUCCCUUGAAAAAGUAAAGUAAGGGAUUACUCAUAUGUUUUCUGUAAUUUAAAUACAGUUACUUUUGAUGUAAUUAAACUAAAUACUUUGUUAAAUAUAUGCGUGUGCAAUAGCAUAAUUGACUUCAAAAUUCAAAGUCUUACUUUAAAAUCUGUGCUUUCAUGUAUAAUUCUCACAUUUGUAAUACUUUGGUCAGUUAAUAAUAUUAUUUGAAUGAAUUCAAUAAGCCGUUUCAUGUAUAUUCUUGAAUCACUUAACUAAUCAAGGUUGAUGUAGGAUAUAGAGAGUAAUUAGUAAUGAGUAACUAAAUACUUUUUGGACAGAGUAAUUCGGACAGUAAUCUAAUUACACUAUUGAAUAUGUAAUGAGUAACUAGUAAUUAAUUACUUUUUCAGAGUAACUUACCCAACACUGCUUCAGAGUUACCCAAAACAAGAAGUGAGUAAGAUAUUGAGGGUUCUAAUAUUUCAGGAUGAUGCAUUACACUGGAAAUGAAAGGCUCAAGGUGAAUUCUUUGCAUUGUGGGAUUGAAUGUUCCACGCAGCAUUCUCUGGCUGUGUAAUUAUGGCGAAUGUAUGCAAUAUACUGCAAAACAUUAAGAGCAGUAUUAUUCCAGCAUGAUAGUAGUGUAAGGGUGGAGAUCAAUGAAAUAUCAUUUACCCAACGGAAAGUGGCCUUUGUUUCUUAUUUGAUUAUUUUAUGAACGUGUGUGUCACUUUUACAUGCUGGUUGUGCCUCAUGUAUAUAAGCUAGCAAGUGAGUUUUUUCUAAUUCAUUUUUUCAUUGCAUAUGGAUGUAGUACUAGUUCCAAACACAAUCAAAAUAUUCGCUUGACUUGAAAUGUUUCCCAUGUCCUACCCAAAAGUCUAUUAUUCUAAAAUGUGAAAAAUGCAGAAUGGUUAAAUGAUAUUUUCUAUAUGUCUUAUUGUCAUUAAACAAGUGGUCAACAAUUUUGAGAGAAUGUCAUUAAAUACCUAUUUAAUAAUGAUAAUAAAUAACCGUCCAAAGAAUCCAACCACACCUGUAUCAUUUGUACAAAUAAAUGCUUUUCUUUUCA